AUGGCUUACGUUUUAACAGAAACAGCAGCAGGAUACGCCUUAUUGAAGGCAGCUGAUAAAAAAAUUCACAAAUCUUCCUCUUUAGUUGAAGAUUUAAACACUGCCGAGAAAGUUGCUGAACAGUUCAAGAUUCAUCGUUUUGAAAAAUUUCAAUCAGCAGCAAACGCUUUGGAAGAAGCUAAUGCCAUUAUUGAAGGAAAAGUCUCAGAAAGUUUACAGAAAUUAUUAGAAGAUGCCAAAUCAGAUAAGAAGGCUACCUUAAUUGUGUCAGAAGCCAAAUUAGGUAAUGCCAUUAAUAAAUUGGGUUUGAACUUUCAAGUUGUGAGUGAUGCUGCUUCUUUGGAUUUGCAAAGGGCCAUCAAACAAUUUUUGCCAGACUUAUUACCUGGUUUAGACGAUUCAGCAUUAAAACAGAUGUCAUUGGGUUUAGCUCACUCAAUGGGCCGUCAUAAAUUAAAAUUCUCUGCCGACAAGGUAGAUACCAUGAUUAUUCAAGCUAUAGCCUUAUUGGACGAUUUAGAUAAAGAAUUAAAUACCUAUGCCAUGAGAUGUAAGGAAUGGUACGGUUGGCAUUUCCCAGAAUUGGCCAAAAUGAUUACUGAUUCUGUUGCAUAUGCUAGAAUUAUUUUGACCAUGGGUGUUAGAUCCAAUGCAUCUGAGACCGAUUUAUCUGAGAUUUUACCAGAAGAAGUUGAAGAACAAGUUAAAGCUGCUGCUGAAGUCUCUAUGGGGACUGAAAUUACUGAAGAUGAUUUGAAUAACAUAAAAGCAUUGGCCGAGCAAAUUGUUGAUUUCGCUGCUUAUAGAGAACAGUUGUCCAAUUACUUAUCCUCUCGUAUGAAAGCAAUUGCUCCAAACUUGACUGCUAUGGUUGGAGAAUUAGUUGGUGCUAGAUUGAUUGCUCACGCAGGUUCAUUGACAUCAUUAGCUAAAGCCCCAGCUUCAACUGUACAAAUUUUGGGUGCCGAAAAGGCUUUAUUCAGAGCUUUGAAAACCAAGCACGACACACCAAAGUAUGGUAUAAUUUAUCAUGCUUCUUUGGUUGGUCAAGCCAGUGGUAAAAAUAAAGGUAGAAUUGCAAGAACAUUGGCUGCUAAGGCUGCUGUGUCAUUGAGAUAUGAUUGCUUUGACGAAGAAAGAGAUGAAUCAGAUGAUUUUGGUUUAGAAAAUAGAGCCAAGGUUGAAAGUAGAUUGAGUCAAUUGGAAGGACGUGAUAUGAGAACCACCUCUAAAGUUGUCAGAGAGCAACCAAAAGUCGAGAUAACCGAAGCUCGUGCUUAUAAUGCCGAUGCUGAUUCAACUGCUGCUGCUGCUGCUGCUGUUGCUCCAACUGCUGAUUCAGACGACGAAGAAUCUGAGACUGAAGAAGUUGAAGAAAAGAAAUCUAAGAAAGAGAAAAAGAAGGAAAAGAAAGAAAAGAAAGAGAAAAAGAAGGAUAAGAAGAGAAAAAGAGAUGAUGAUAAAGAAGAAGGAUCUUCUAAGAAACUGAAAAAGGAUAAAAAGGAAAAGAAAGAGAAAAAGGAAAAGAAGAAAAAGAAGGAAAAGAAAUAA